CUUUCUCAUGGACCAAUAAUGGCCCCCUCCCAUGCAACUUGGUUUGUGCGCCUUGUGAGCUAAGAUCUUAUCAUAAAAAUAAAAACUCCCACCAGUGGAAAGCUCAGAAUUCUAGGCCACCUCUCAUCUGCCAUCUGUCAUCUUUCUUCCCACUCUCUUCCUUCAAAUUUUAGUAUUUUACUACUAUGGAACUCUCUUGAUUCAUUGCUUGUUUGAAAUGAUUUACUAUUUGACUUCAUUCAACAAUUCUGCCAAAGCCCAGAAUCGAAUUGGGUCUUCAACUUUCCUUCUUUCCUUCUGCGAAUUCAUUUUUGUCCCAUAACAGCUGUCUUUGUUGUUUCAUGUUUUCUGUUUUGAAAUUAUGGAGCGCUAUGAGAUAUUGAAAGAUAUUGGGUCUGGGAACUUUGGGGUUGCUAAGCUUGUUGUGGAUAAGUGGACUAAGGAACUAUAUGCUGUGAAGUAUAUUGAGAGAGGACAGAGAGUUGAUGAAAAUGUGCAAAGGGAGAUCAUGAACCAUAGAUCCUUGAAGCACCCCAAUAUAGUUAGAUUCAAGGAGGUUGUGCUUACUCCCACUCAUCUAGCCAUAGUCAUGGAAUAUGCUUCUGGUGGGGAACUCUUUGAAAGGAUCUGCAAUGCUGGUAGAUUCAGUGAGGACGAGGCAAGGUUCUUCUUUCAACAAUUGAUAUCAGGAGUCAGUUCCUGCCACUCUAUGCAAAUCUGCCACAGAGAUCUUAAGUUGGAAAACACACUCUUAGAUGGGAGCACUGCGCCGCGUCUAAAAAUCUGUGACUUUGGGUAUUCCAAGUCAUCUGUCUUGCAUUCUCAACCAAAAUCUACCGUUGGAACACCAGCCUAUAUUGCACCAGAGGUACUAGCUAGAAAGGAAUAUGAUGGAAAGAUAGCAGAUGUUUGGUCUUGUGGAGUCACUUUAUAUGUAAUGUUGGUUGGAGCUUACCCCUUCGAAGAUCCUGAUGAUCCAAGGAACUUCCGAAAGACAAUUGGGCGGAUACUUAGUGCCCGCUACUCAAUUCCAGAUUAUGUUCGAGUAUCCACAGAAUGUAAGCAUCUCCUUUCGCGGAUAUUUGUUUCUAACCCUGAAAAGAGGAUAACCAUUCCAGAAAUUGAAAACCAUCCAUGGUUCUUGAAGAAUUUGCCAACAGAACUCAUGGAAGGAGAAGAAGGAAGCUUUCUGAAUACUGAUAUAAAGGAUACAUCCCAAAGCAUUGAAGAGGUACUGUCAAUAAUACAAGAAGCAAGGAAACCUGCUGAUCAGGGAUUCAAAAUUGGUGGCCAUUUAUUUGGAGGGAGUAUGGAUCUUGAUGACAUUGAUGCAGAUACAGACAUAGAUGAUGUUGAAGCAAAUGGUGAUUUUGUCUGUGCAUUAUGAGGAUGUGUUACAUGCCAACUGAUCUGUUUGUUGAUCCCUUGAGAAUGAUCUAUUCUUUCCACACUCCUGUGAAUUAAAAAUAAGCUGAAAAGAGGUGUAGAUCAUUCUAUGCAAAGAGUAGAUAUGGUUUUGUUGUUUCUGAUUAAGGAACCUAUAUGGGUUUUGCCUUCUGUACUGUUGUAUUCAUAAUUUUGCUUGAUGUUGUAGUUGUGUUUGGCAAACAAUAAUAUCAUAUGGGAAGUAACAUGACAAUGUGAGAGAUCA